CUACCCACAGUCCCCGCCGCCUCUCCGCGCCCUCGGCAGCGGCACCCGGAGCGGCGGCCGUGCCCGGCGCUGCGCGGAAGGGGGCGGGCGCCAUGGCUGACAGCGGAGAGCCCCCGGCGGCGGCCCCUCCGGGCUCGCCGGCGCAGCAGAGGCGGCCGGAGGGCUCUCCCAGCGCGGGCGCCGCCGGGGCGGAGGGCGCGGCGGCCAUGCCGCGGCUGGGGCUGGGCAGCCCGGGCGGGCCGGCGGGGAUGUCGCUGCCGCGGCUGGAGAAGCCGAUCAAGCAGGCCUUUUACAACACCGGGGCGCUGCUGUUCGCCGGGCUGUGCUGCGGCGCCGCCGUCUUGGUCUACUUCAUCUUGGAGGCCUUCCUGCGGCCGCUGCUCUGGGCUGUGCUCUGCGGCACCUUCCUGCACCCCUUCAAGAGCUCCUUGACGGCGCUGGGCCGCCGCUGGCUCGGGCGCCUGCAGCGGUCCCGCACACCCGUCCUGCUGGCCGCCCUCCUGCUGCCCAUCUGCUUCGCCAACUACGGGGUGGAGGCGCUGGGCGAGCAAGUGGUGCGGCGGCGGCGGCUGCUGCUGUUGCUGGGCGCCGGCGGGCCGCUGCUCUACGGGCUCUACUGCCUGGGCAGCUCCCUGGGUGUGCAGGUGCUGCUGGCCCAAGCCGCCCGCCUCAUCUGCCAGGGGCUGGACUACUUUAGCAGCCAGUGGAUAUGGACAUUGGUAGUUGGUUACCUGCUGAUGGUUUCAUUCAAGUGGAAUAUAAGCACUGAACGUUACUUAAAAGCAGUCUCUGUCCCUGUCUGGAUUAUGCUGCUCUUUCACUUAGCUUCUGUGGCAGGUUCCUGGAAAAUUCCUGUGUUUUUGGUUAUAGUUGUUCUAAUGACUGUAGGCAUGUUGCAUGAACAGCAGAAUGGAAAGGAAUCUUCUGGGGCAGAGCUUCCUGGGCAGAUGAUUUCCAUUGCUGCUUCAACAAUUGCCAUGGCAAUUUCAAUGACAGAAGAUGAGUCCAAUAAUGAACGUUCCCCACAACCCUCAGGAGCAACAGAAUGUGAUCAGCCCCCACUUGCUUCAUCAUCUUUCUCCUCAUCUUCUUCUGGGAGCAGACAAAGACCUGAGAUUGGAUCUUUCCUUAGAAAAAAGAAAACUAGUGAUAUUUACUUUGUUACACUUGUGUGGGCCAUUGUCAUUGUUCAGAUCUGGCUAAAUUUCUGGAUUGUGCAACUAUUGCCGGUGCCUUUUGCAGUUUGGGCUCUGAAAAAACUUGUGGUUCAUUUUGGAGUUGUGAAUUUCAUGACAAACCAUUUCAAAAGUUGGUGGCAACUUGUCGAAAAUUUCAUGAAAGAACGUCAGGAAGCUCUUGCACCACGGCCCAUCAGAGGACUUGGAAGAGUCAUGCUAAAGCUUGACAGUAAGAUGAUCGUGUGGUUGGAGAAAAUGCUAGAUAAAAUAAUCAGCAUUUUCAUAAUAUUUUUGCUAGUGAUAGGAACCCUUCUGUUAGCCCUGCUCCUUACUGCAAAGGUACAUCAAGAGAGUGUUCACAUGAUCCACGUCACAAGCAGCUUGAUCAAUGAGACAGUAGCGAGUCACCCAGAAUGGGCAAACUGGCUCCCAGAAGCCCAGGUUAUUCAGAAGGCACUCAAUUCAGCAGCCAAUAAUGUAUACCAAUAUGGCCGAGAAUGGAUUACACAUAAGCUCCAUAAGAUUUUAGGGGAAAAAGUGAAUAACACCACUGUGAUUGAAAAACAAGUGCUAGAGCUCUGGGACAGGCUUUAUCACUCUUGGUUUGUGAAGAAUGUAACACAUUCUGGAAGACACAAAGGACACAAGUGGCACAUAAACCGUCAAAACAGUUGGGUUGGUGAUAUUCUGGACUGGCAAGAUGUGGCAUCGUUUGUUCAUGAUAACAUUGAAACAUUUCUUUCGAUCCUGGAGUCUCUGUGGAUAGUGAUGAGUCGCAAUGUGAGCCUCUUGUUUACUACAGUUACAACAUUAGUGACAAUCGUCUUCCAUAGUGGGACAGCUCUUCUCAAUUUUGUUCUUUCGGUGGUGAUUUUUCUGACCACAUUAUUCUACCUGUUGAGCUCCAGUGAUGAGUAUUACAAGCCAGUAAAGUGGGUGAUAAGCCUGACACCUUUGUCUCAGCCAGGUCCCUCCUCAAAUAUAGUUGGUCAAUCUGUGGAGGAAGCAAUAAGAGGUGUGUUUGAUGCCUCCCUCAAAAUGGCUGGGUUCUAUGGACUCUACACUUGGCUGACUCACACUAUAUUUGGAAUUAACAUAGUCUUCAUACCUUCCGCAUUAGCAGCCAUCCUCGGAGCAGUGCCAUUUCUGGGGACCUACUGGGCAGCCAUCCCUGCAGUCCUAGAUUUGUGGCUUGUACAAGGACAGGGAUGCAAAGCCAUUUUGCUCUUGAUUUUUCACCUCUUGCCAACCUAUUUUGUAGAUACAGCAAUUUAUUCAGAUAUAUCAGGAGGUGGUCAUCCUUACCUGACAGGUCUUGCAGUAGCUGGUGGAGCGUAUUACCUGGGACUGGAAGGAGCCAUCAUAGGACCAAUUCUACUCUGUAUACUUGUGGUUGCCUCCAACAUAUAUAGUGCCAUGUUGGUGAGUCCAACAAACUCAGUGCCCACUCCGUCACAAGCAGCGUGGCCGUUACAGAUUUACCGGUCAUCUAGAGAGAGUCCCGAGGAGAUGAAAAUGGCUGCAGAGUGAUUAAGGUGCUGUGCUGCACCUAAUCGACAUGAGAGAAUCAAUGUCUUCUGUCAUGAGUUCACAACAGCCAUGGCCUUCCGUCCCUUUCCUACUGUGCCUAGAGGCAGCUCACAGGAAAGCAUAGCUUGGAUUUUAGGACAAACCACUGGUCAUGGUUUAACCCCUUCUGCUGGCCUUAGAUUGUUGUUCACUUUGCCUCUUCCAGAGAGAAUGUCAGCUUCCCAUGGCUUUGCAUACUAACACACGGUUCAGCUGCCUUGCUGAAGAUCUUGAAAACCUUCUGUCUUCAUUAAGAGAAUAGUUAGGAGGACAGAUAUAUCCACUGGAGCCAUUAUCUGCUGAAAUUAAUAACUUAGAUUUUAUUUAUUAGUGUUAUUAAGUUGUAGUACCUUGAAAGAAAGCUAAUUCCAAAAUAUUUAUUCUCAGGUAAAAUCUGGGAGGGAAAAAAAAAUGGUAUAAACCACUCAUUGUUAAAUGAAAGAGUAUAGUUAUUUGCUGCUCCUCAAAGUAUUUCUCUAGAGGCUUUUACCAUCAUCUGUAACUCAUAAUAACAAAUAUUACCCUCUUACACUCACUGAAAUUUUUAAUAUUGGAGACUGAUAUUUCUAAUAUCAUCCUGAAAUUACUAGACAUGCAAAUUGCUAAAUGUGGAUUUUCUUCAUGUUGAAACAGAAGGACUUGUUUAAAUAGUUUAAACCUUGCCCUCAUUUGCAGUGAAAUCUGCUAGUAUUUUGCUGUUUACUUGCAAUCCUGAUGGAGAGUUCUGUUGGCAACUAAAUUUAAUCAAAGGCCUUAUGUGUUUCAGACAGAAGUAACAUUUUGUCACAUCUACUUCCACUACUAGGAAGAAGCUGAAUGGGGGUUGUUCAGUGUUGGUUUUCAAAUGCUGUGAACAAAUUCAGUUAACUUUUCAAACAAAUCCAAGUUUAUUUCAAAAGAGGAAACAGAGAGAGCAUGGAUUUUGGUUUAGUUUAGAGGGUCUUUUCUCCUAUAAGCCUCUGGUCAAAUAUCUUAAUAGUAUAUAUCUUACAUAUUAAGAUAUAUUGUAAUAAUAAACAGAGAUCUUAAAUUAAUGAAAUGGCAUGUUGCCUAGGUCACAGCAUCUAGUGCUUAUCUUCCAUAUGGAAUUUUCCUUAAAUUGCAGUUUUGGUGACAUUUAAGGCCUUUUUUAUUGUUGAAAUACUUUGGCGCAAUGGAUCGUUAUAAAUAGACCCUUUCUGUAAAUAGUAAGUGAGUUUUUUGGUAGAAAUUUCAUAUUUGAACAGCUUUUCCACAAAUACAAUGAGGCCCUGCAUAAAAAGUAGCAGAUGCACAUGCUUAACCAAAGAAAUACCUUUUGAUUUCUAGUAAGUUCUCUUGAAUUUAUUUCAGAGCUUAAUAAUGAGUUGGACAAAAUACAGGCAUGCCUUGCAUUUAUUGUUGACAGUAAUGCAACAAAAAUCUUUUCUUAUCUAGGGAUAAGGAAAGCUAAGAUUUGUAUACAGUCAGCUCUGGGUAAGGGACAUGUUUGUUUUACUGAAGUUGCAAAUGUGCUGAUAGAUUGUGAAGGCUCUUAUUUUCAUGAUAUUGCAUGUAUUUUUACAGUGUUUCUAAAAAUACAUUGCUGUAGAAAGUGAUUGGAAAGUACUCUGACACUGGGUUUGCAAUAAACAGGCUGCCUAUUAAGACACAAAUAGCCUACUCCUCAGAUUCUUAGAAAAUUAGCUGCUGCAGUGUUGCUGAUGAAAUUUUACGGUUAAAUAAGAGAGUGUUUUGAGUGUGCUGGUUUUACACAUGCAAAUUUGCAGGUAUGUGUCAGGAGGACAUACUCAAGCUUAAUGUAGUGGUUUGGCUCAAGUUCAUUGAAAUUCAGAAAUAUGCCAUUUAAUAUUUUAAAUUCUGAGAGACCUCUGCUUUAGUUCCAACUAACUGAAUAGGAAGGAUAUGUUGCUUGAGUUAAGCAACUGUCCUGUGUUUUUUAUUUCCUUGGUUUUGUGACUCAUGUAAAAUCUUUAAUGAAACACAUUUUUAGCAUUGUUGCUGGCUAGGGUGGAGUAUGAGGAAGAACACAAGUCUUCCAGCAACAUUACAGCCAGCUUGAAUGAGAACACCGUGAUACUUGGGAAACUUCUUGACUAUUUUACAUUUUUGUUACAGGUUUUUCACUGAAAUAUUGGGUUCUUGUUAUAGCUUCUUGUAGGCAGCAUUUCAAGAUCACUAGCAAGAAAUACGUCUCUCUCUUGUAUUUUUGGUUUCCCAUUGCUGCCCUUUGCUCACCAAUUGUCCACAUUUGCUGUCCCAGUUAUUUCUGAGACAAUCUCUCAGUUUCCUAUGUACUCAACACUGUCAUUUUAAAGAGUCAUUAUAAACCAUUCUUUUGUUUGUGUUUAAGUUUUCCUCUUCUCCCUUGCCCUUUACCGAGCCUCCUUAGAUCAAAGAAGGGUCUCUGCUGUGAAGAUGAAAAUAGUAUUUCAAGAUACAAUUCUCUUCAGUAAUGGCAAAUCAGUAAAAUAAGCUGAGAAGAUAACGGUGCUCUAUUGAAAUACUCCUUUCCCAAUGUGAAAACAUUUCAUAUAGAGCAUUUGUACCUGAUGUAGUCUUGUUACUUUGCCCUUCUUUCAAAUAAGGCUUCGUAUCGAUGCUUCCUUUCAAAUUCAGCUAAGACGUGCCAUGAAGAACCAUCUGUAGUGUCUUUCUCAGUAACUAUAGCUCAAGGAGCUCAGGCUAUGUUCCAUGGCCGAUUAAGGAACCAAUUGUGUGGAUCAGUGGUGGUACGGUAACAGUAUACUGCGAAAAAGGAAUUAAAAAGAAGAAAAAAACCCUCCAAUAAUACCUUCUCAGAAUAUAAAAUAAUCAAUGAAUUUUGCCACGUUGAAAAAAAACCCAAAACACCACAACAAACCACCACCUUAUGAAAAAGCUUACUUUGAUUGUAUAAGGUUUGUCUUUAAGUAUUGAGUUACCAGUAGAAACAGAAUAAUUUGUCUUUGCACAUUUAACAAUCUGUAUUCUUUUUGGAAAAAAACUCAACCUUUGUAAGAACAGUUUAGCUUAGACCAGUCUCACAUGAAUGUGAAAACAGUGGUCGUUUUGACUUCUGGUCAUUGCAACAUACCAGCUCCUGGUUGUAUUGCCUCAUCUGCAAAAGCAAGCAGCAGCUACAUGAGAUGACUUGGUAGAUAGAUUGUAGGUUUAAAAAAAACGAAAAAGGGCUGGGGUAAGGGGGACUGGGGCAAAACUCCCCACACACCCUUUUCUGUAGUGGCAUUAAACAACAGUUUUCUUGGAGAAGACCAUCUUUUUUGUAGGGCUUAUAGGCAAGAAGAUGAGGACCUUCAGCUUUCCUGUAAACACUCAUUCCAGGAGCAGAUAUUUACUUACAUUUAGUACAUUUACUAUUCAGUUUGAACAAAACCAAUUUAGAAUUCGGAAGGGAAUGCUUGUACUAAACCAAGACAAAAUGAUCUAUUGUAAAAUGCAACUCUUCUGGUUUUUGUCAUUCUCUUCUAACAGAUCAGACUUGUUGGAAACUAGUGUAGUGCCAAAGGGCUAGUAGUAACUGUUUCUUGCUGUGAGUGUAAGUUAGCCCUUUGUCCUCUUUUGGUACCUUAGCUAUGCGUUACUGUACUGUAGCAGAGCUGGCAGAAGUGAAGAUGUGCCAAUUUGGAGCCCAGCAUAUGAUACACAUUUCAUAGAAAUUAACUUGAUAUCCAUGUAUCUAAUAAUGGAUGAAGCAUUUGAGUAUUUCCAUGUGCAGUGGUAUAUAUUUGAAGCUCAUCUAGGGUGCAUUUGAGUUUAUCUGGUUUCAAGGAUUAUGUGUCUUCUCUUCAAGACUUUGGGGAGGAAGAUACACUUCAGUAUAUUUCAUUGGUGAUUGCUGGAUUAGGAAAUCCAUAAUAUGUUGAAAGAAAAUAAGAAAGGAGCAUUGUGUUGGGAAAAUUGGGUGCUGUCUCCAGUGUUACACGUUGUGGGUAUCAGUUUAACUUCUGAAAUGGGGAAAAUAUGGGAAUACUUUUAUUCUACUGAGACUCUAUAGUUUUAUAUCAGUGGUGGAAGGUGCUCCCACAAUUGCUUUUGUUCAAGUGUUGUCUUUAUAUUACAUUGACUUAAGUUUGUCACUGCAGAUGGUGCCACCUUUAUGGAUACUACCUCUUUCCCUCAGAAGGUGCUUAAAGCUGUUGGGAUUGGAGUUAGUAUUCUUUUUUAAGAAUGGAGGUAGCAUUCUGCUUCUAGAGAUGCAGCUGUUUGCCUUGAAGUUUGCAAUUUUACAAGAAAAAUUUAAUUUCCCAACUGAAUCAUCUUUAUUGAGUGACAGCUGGCAUCCCUGAAAUCCAUGGGUGCAUUAUCUUUAUAAGCUCUAACUUGGUUUGUAUUUCAAAGGAUUUGUUAUUAUUAUUAUUUCUUACACUUUUUGGAGGAGUAUACUUUGUCAAUUCCAUUCUUCUACAAAACCAGAAUUGCUUAAAGCUCUUAAUAAAUGUUAACCUGAUACUAUUUAUCUGUCACUUUUAGUAAAAUACCUUAGUACUUUAUGGUAAAAAUCUUAAGGUUACUUUUAAGUGACAAAAUUGGAAAUUAAAAAAAAAAAAAAAAAUUGCAGCAUGGAAAAGGAGCUUGGUAUUUUGAAACCAAAAGCAAUGCCAGAAGUGGUGAACAUAUUCAGGGAUUCUACGUUUGGUUUGUAAAUGUGUAUAUUGAUAUGCAGCGCUGUAUAAAUAUGAGUAGUGUAUGUCCUAGUCAGACUUUAUCUGAAGUUUUGUCCUUUUUUUUUAAGAUAGCUGAGAACAAAAUAGUGCCUGUAUACAGUGAAAACAAGCAACACUUUUUAGAAUUAAUGUUUACUUGAUAGGUGUUGGGGAAGAGCCAAGCAGAUGCUAGUAGGGUGACUAGAACUGUCUUGUUGCACUUAACGUAAAGUUGGAAAAAGCUGUUCUUCCAUCUAGUAAUCCACUACUAAGAAAUUGCUGUUCCUGAAAGUGUUUGCACAUAUCUACUAAAGAGUUGCCAAAAUGAAUCGGUCAUGAGGUAUGUCUUCAGUUCCCCAGUCUCAUCCAGACCUCACCUGAUAACCUUGUUUUGAAUCUGGUUUAGUAUAUGAGAGUAUUGCUUCAUCCUCUUUUAGGACCAACUCCAGGUCCACCUGCUUCCAAUGUCCGUACUGAAACGAUGUGUGCAAUUCAGGAAGGAACUGCUUUUUGGCAAUUUGGUGCAUCCUUGAUAGGAUCUGCAUAUGGAUAGGCUUGGACAAACAUAAUUGACACUACAUUGGAUUUGAGAUUAUUCUUUGAAUAUAGCACCCUGUGGUGAUACCAAAACUAGGUUUGAGUUAGAAGCAGUGCAUAUUUGCUUGAAGCAGGAUGCAUGCACAAGCUAUUAAAGGCAGAGUGAGUGCUUCAGCAUCUGUGCAUACAUCUGAAGAAUUUUCAUCCUGAUGAUUUUAAAGUAGAAAUGCUGAUUUCUUUCCAAGCCUCACUUUUUGCCACCUGACUAUUGUACACGAUGAUCCAAUGAGGACCUAAAAAUCAAAGUAACUUUUUGUUGUAUUGGUGUAGAUUAAAUGUAAGAGGCAUCACAAACCUAAAAUUAGCCACAGAACAAGAGUAUUAAGCUGAAGAACUGACAUCCAGGCCAUAAGGUAAGAAAAACAAAAGCCAAAGUUUUGCCUCUCUCUCUGCCAGUCUUAGCACAAAACUGAAGCUUUCAAGAGCUUUAUCAGUAAAAAUAUUUUUGUUGUUUGUAAGUUACUGGCUGUGUAGAUCAGUGUUUUCAAGUUUCCAGUGUCAUCACUUGUAUAUUCUGCAAGCAUACAAUUCGUUCAGAUUGUUAUCUUUAAAAACUAAUUUUCUAUGCUUCAGUGAUGGUUGGAAACCAACUUUUUAUACUGUUAGGUGUUUACCUAUGUGUGUGUGUAUAUAUAUAUAUAUGUUAAUAGUGCGUGAUGGUUGGAAGACUAGGGAAGGUUGCUUUUUUCCCUUUUGGUACACUUUACCAAUCCAGAUCCAAAGAAAUUUUUUACAUUGGGUCCUAAGACUGGCUAGUCCCUUCUCCAGCCUAACCGCAGAUCUUGCGUGUUACAGAGCUUGGAUUGUACUAAAGCCUGCGUUCCUACCCAGCACCUGUGGGGGUUUGGAGCAACUUCUAUUGUCUAUUAACACCAGUUUUGUCUGUAAGUGUACGUGUGAUACAUCUUCAGAGUGGAACUAUGUUCAAAACUAAUGUUGCCAUAAUUUGUUUUGGUACAGUACCUGAGUUUGCGUGUAUAAUAUUAAAAAUAUAAGCCCUGUGUCCAUCUGGGGCAGAACAAAAUGUGAGUUGAGUUUGAGAAGUACUCCUGAGGACUGCAGAGGUAUUUAAAGUAAAUAAUUCUGAUUGUAUGCACCAGUCCUCUUCCUAACAAGAAAACGGUUUUUUUGUAGCAGGUUUAAGAAGCUUUUAACUUAAUAUUGUACUCACUGCGGUCCUUUGUAAGCACAGAAUGGUUAAUAUAUUUUGAAAUAAAGGCUGUUAAUGUAAAGAAAA